UGGCCGGUAAAUAUGAAGUUUAGAGCGGGAAAGACACCACAAAUGGAUGCAAAUUCGUGUGGAGUGUUUAUUUGUUUUUUUGCCAGAUUGCUAGCUGAAGGUUAUGAAGAUGAUGAGAUAUUGGAUAUAUUGUUUAAUCAUAAUGUAAUUGAACAUUAUCGAGAA